AUGAUUAGAAGAUAAAAUUCACUUCCUGAGAUCCUCUCGAUUAUCUAAGAAAAAAAGAAAGCUUAAAUUUAAUAAUAACAAUCUCUUUAAAUACCUGAAUAAGAAACUCAACCAGUAUUUAAAUAUGUUGUACAUGAACAUCAAGAAAGAAUUUAAUUAGCAAAAAUGUUUUACAAGAAUCUAUAAAAAAGAUCAAUAGCAAGAAAUGUCAAUGAAAUCAAAAGUAUGGCUACAUUAAAUGGAUUCUAAUUAAAAUAAGGCUAAGUUAUGAGAUAAAAAUUAUAUGUUGAAUAAAAUUAGAUACAAGAGUAAUAAAUUAUAUUAUGAUAGAAAUCCUUAAAUAUAUUUAUGUUCAUCAUAGAAAAUACUUCAACAAAAAUCUAGUCCAAUUAAAACCAUUCAAAGAACUUCUCCUUUAUAAAGAUCAAGAGCAAUUACAACUAAGUCUAGUUUCCAUCUCAAGAGUAUAGAUUUAACUAAAAAUGAAUCCAUGAUCUCCUUGAAAAAAUGUAAUGAAGAAAAGCCAACAAUUAAAACAAGAUAAGUAGAUGAGGUCAAAGGUUAAGCUAAAUUAUUCACUAUAGUGUAUAAAUCAUUGAAAUUUUAAAGUUGA